UACAAAGUAUAAUUAAAUUUAAAAUAGCUGCUGGAACAAGAUGGAGAAAUGAUUCUUGUCUACGCCAAUAUUUGGGAUCUGGAAAAGAGUUGCCAACAGCUGAACUGCCAACACUGAGAGAUGUCCUAAGAUAUGGUAUUUUUUAAAGAGAAACAAGCAAACUAAACAGAAGAAACUAUAGUAAUUCUGAUUUGAUCCAGGAUAUUUAUAAUAAAUUUUCAGAAAAAUGGCAAAUGGCCAGUGUUUUAUUUGUGCCUCCCGUAAUUAGUUUAAAAAAUAAUUUGGUAACAAGACUUAAAGUUGCAUGGAACAAAGCUAACCUGAUUUCUCAAAAUAGAGCAAGUAAAUUUAUAAAACAAAAAUUUAAUUUAAUUAUUGACAAACUAUUUGAUUUGGUGGAGUGUAACUGUAAAAUAUCUCUUUGUUCUGAGCAAUGCUGUUCUACUGACUGUAAAGUUGGUGCCCACAUUACCUGCAUAUGUCCUAGGGAGAGAAAAAUACCAAUAAAUGAACUGGUUUAUGUAAAAGCCCAACGAGAAAAGAUUGGAUCAUUAAGUUCAUAUCAACUUGGGCCUGCUGAUUUGAUGGAGUCCAAAAAGUUCAAAAAAGUACAAAGUUGCAAACGAAGAAGAGAAGAAGAAAAACAAAUGAGAGAAAAAAAAACACACUAAUCAAAAGGAAAAUAAUACGCAAUAUGAACAAGAUAACGAAUAUGAAAAUUAUAAAGAGAAAUCUAAUGAAAAUGAGAUUUUUUCUAAUCAAAAGCCUUUAAUAUUUAAAAAAAUCUAGAAAUUAUGAAGAUAUCUCUAAUAUUGCAUUGGCCAGUAUUCAAUAUGGUGUUGGUUUAAGAGCAACUGCAGGACUUGUAUCCCAAAGUGACACUAGAUUAAUAAUAGAUCACAGUAAAGUUCGGAGAGCUAGGGAUAAAGUCAUGAAUGAAGUUGCUGUUCAGUUUGAUGAUUAUUGUAAUAAAGAGAUUAUUGACUGCAUAUUUUUUUAUGGGCGAAAAGAUCUUACUAAAGUAUUUUUAACUGUAGAUGGAUCAGACAGACAGUAUCCGGCUAAAGUAAAAGAAGAACAUUACACUGUUUGUUCUGGUGAUGGUAAGUAUUUAUUUCAUUUCACUCCAGCUAAAGAAGCAAAAAAGAACCAUGCUGAAAUUAUAGCAGAUAAGAUUAUUGAGUAUACUGCAAUGAGAAACAUUAGUACACACUUAAAAGCAAUUGGCGGAGUCUCUACCAAUGUAAACACUGGUUGGGAUGGAGGAGUAAUGCACUUUAUGGAGCUGAAAUUAGGGCGAAAGUUAAAUUGGAUUGUCUGCGCUCUACAUACCAAUGAAUUACCACUCAAACGUUUAAUUAAAUUGUUAGACGGAGAAUCUAAAAGCGGUACAAAAUGGAGUGGACCCAUUGGAAGCUUACUUGAUGAAGCAACCAAUCUUGAAAUUAACCCUUUUUUUAGUAGAGUGGAAACUGGUGAGCCUCUAAUUAACUUGAGUAAUGAUGUGGUUAAAGACCUUUCAACAGAUCAGUAUUAUGGCUAUCAAAUAGUUAAAGCUAUACGCAGUGGUCAUGUUCCUCAGCAACUAGGACUUCUGGAAAUUGGCCCUGUUAACAUGGCCAGAUGGCUAACAACAGCCAAUAGAAUAUGUAGAAUUAGGAUCUCAUCAUGGUCUUCAAGGCGAUGCAGCCCAAAACUUUCCUAAACUAGUCGAGUUUAUUGUAGGAGUGUACUUUCCUGUCUGGUUUAACAUCAAAGUUAAAUAUAGUUGGACAGAAGGACCAAAACAUGUUCUUUACUAGCUUAAGUUGCUUCAGCACCAGUCACUCGAUAUUCAAAAUAUGGUCAUUCCAACUAUUAAGCGAUCUGCUUGGUAUGCCUUCUCUGAAUCUAUUCUUCAAACUAUGCUUUGUUCUGAAAUUAAAGAGGAGAGAGAUUUCAGUGUAAACAAAAUUCUUAAAAUAAGAGGAGAAGGUGAUGAAAAUGUACAACUUGGAGAUCUAUUUGUUAGACGAAGAAGGACACCAGAUAUCAAUACUAAAGCAAUUUGUCUCAAGGACCUUAUUAAUUGGAAUGAAGCUUUU